GAGUCUGUCCGAACUACAUGUGACGUCACGGGCAUAAACCGAUUGUACAUUUAUCAAGGGUUUUCUUGAAAAUUUAUAUUGUUUUUAAAAAUGAGCGAAAGUAAAACAUUUAAAUCGUGUUUUAUACCAUUGUGUGGAAGCAGCAGUGUCAAAACACCGAAUAAAUUAUUUUUCUGUGCUCCCAAAGAUGAGAAAAUGAGAUUAAAGUGGUUUCAAAUUGCUCGUCGAAAUGAUUCUCCGAAGGCUAAAUACACUUAUUAUUGUUGCGAGGAUCACUUUAGUAUAAAGGAUGAUAUGGAUAAUUAUAUUAGAUAUUGUCUUAUGGGAGCACCAAAAAAAUUGAAAAAAGAUGCGAUUCCUCACAAAUUUUCUUGUCAGCCUAAUCGAAUAAAAGUAAACGAAGAAGCACGACCAGCGUUCAUAAAAUUAAAUAGAAAGAGGCAAAUUCACGACAUUUUAGCAGAAACUGAAAAUGAAGAAAAUAUUCCAGAAAAACAGCACGAUCAACCAGCAGCAAAAAUAAGAAAAAACUAUGAUACUCCUGUUGAAUUAUUAACCGAUUUAACAAAUCAAGAACAGUUACAUGAAAUGUCUUCUCACGAACCUUUGACGAGUGAAAUUGAAAAGAACCCUGACGUCCCACUGUCAAUUAAACUAUCCUCUACACAGAUUGACUUAAAUUUUUCAACAGAAAAUGAAUCAUUGAAUUCCGAAAAAUUAUCACCUGCUAAAAUAAACUGCGAACAGAAGAAUCAAAAAAGUGUUGGUGUACAAGUAAGGAAAAGUUUCAUGACACCUAAUGUUCGAAGUAAGCAUACCAUGUGCAAGCCUAAUACUCGUGAAGUAAGUUGUGAAGUUAAAGUAGAAAUGGUUAACAAAAUGUGUUCACCGAUCAAGUUCCAUAAAACAGAAUCUACAGUAUCUACUUUAAUUAAUUCCGAUUCAAGUACGCCCGUUUCUUCGUCAAACACUACUGGCGAAUACAAAUAUUCGUCAAUUUCCAGCGAGUAUAAAAAAUCUUCAACUUGCAGUGAGGAAAAAAAUGAAAAACAAAAAGAAAUGAAAAAAUCAGUCCUUGAUAUUACCCUAUAUUUAAUCAGUUUAGAUCCAAAAAAUAUAUUGGUGUUGAAAAUGAUUGGUUAUGGAUUUUACCUAUGUUGAGUUCUUCUACUAAUUGCAGUAUCAAUAAUAUCAAACUGACUAAUGACACUUAUAGUCGAUUGGCUGAUCAGUUUGGUAUCUCAACUUCGCAGGCAAGCAGAAUUUUCAACAAAACUGUUGAUAAAUUAGCUCACUAUUUAAAGACACUAGUAUUUUUUCCUGAUCAAAAUAGUAUAAGAAAAAACUUGCCUAUUGCAUUUCGAGCUAAUUAUAAUAGUGUGUGUGCUAUUAUUGAUGCUUUUGAAACCGAAAUUGAAAAGCCUUCAAAUCCAGUCCAUCAGGCUUUAACGUGGUCAGAUUACAAGAAAUGCAAUACAAUUAAGUAUUUGAUUGUAUGUUCUCCCGAUGGAUUUGUCACCUUCAUAUCUCGCGGGUACGGAGGAAGAAUAAGUGACACUUUGUUAACUGAGGAGAGCAAUUUAAUAAAUAUGUUACCAGCUGGAUGUGGAGUCUUAGCUGAUCGAGGCUUUAAGCACAUUCAAUCGAUUUUAAAAAAAAAAAAAUGUAAAUUGCUUCGUCCGCCAUCUGUAACAACAACUUCAAAAUCCACAAAAGCAGAAGUUCUUAAAACCAAAAGCAUAGCAAGCUUAAGAAUCCACAUCGAAAGAGUAAUUCGAAGAGUUCGAGAAUUCCGAAUAUUAGUACCUCAUUCUUGCCUUGAUCUGAAUACAGUGGUCAAAUUGGACAGUAUUGUAACCGUUGUUGGAGGUUUAAUUAAUUUACAAAAGCCAAUAAUUAGAAAAUAAAUUUUUCGGCGAGUUAAGUACCUGUAAAAAUAGUAAAAUAAUUUUAAUAAUUAUUUUUUCAUGUAUAAUUCUUUUUUUAAUAAAAUAUAUUUAUAAUGAUAUUAAUUGUAGGAAACAAUAAAACAAUAUAUCUAUAGUAAAA